CAAAAAAGAGAGACUGACCCCACCUCCCUAUCUUCUCUAUACAACUCCACACAAAAUCUCUAAUAAACAGAGCCUAUUUCUCUUCCAUUCUCCUCUCAAAAAUUCCAGAGGUGGUUCUGUUCUGCAAAAUGGUAAUGAAAGCUCCCAUCAGUGGGAUGAGCUUGGCAGCUUCUCCAUCUUCUUCCUUGCAGGCCUCUUCCAAUACCCUUGCUUUUUUUAGCAGACCCCUCAAAUCGUCCUUCUUCAAUGGUGGAGUGGGAGCUCUAAAGGCUACAGGGGUAGCCAUUUCGAACAGAACAAGGUGCAAUGGUGGGGGUGCACUUGGUGCCCAAAUGAACCUUUUUGACCGGUUUGCUAGAGUUAUUAAGUCAUAUGCAAAUGCGAUCAUAAGUUCUGUAGAAGACCCAGAAAAGAUCUUGGAGCAAACCGUGCUUGAAAUGAAUGAUGACUUGACAAAGAUGCGUCAGGCCACUGCACAGGUUUUAGCAUCUCAGAAGCGGUUGGAAAACAAAUACAAAGCUGCACAGCAAGCUUCCGAUGAAUGGUACCGCAAGGCACAACUUGCACUUGAGAAAGGACAAGAGGAUCUUGCUCGUGAAGCUCUCAAUAGGCGUAAAUCUUAUGCUGAUAAUGCAAACACUUUGAAAACACAGCUCGAUCAGCAGAAGAAUGUUGUUGAGAACCUUGUCUCCAAUACUCGGCUUUUGGAGAGCAAGAUACAGGAGGCCAAGUCAAAGAAAGACACUCUCAAAGCACGUGCCCAGUCUGCAAAGACUGCAACAAAGGUGAAUGAGAUGUUGGGAAAUGUCAACACGAGCAGUGCUCUUUCAGCAUUUGAAAAGAUGGAGGAAAAGGUGUUGGCUAUGGAGUCUCAAGCAGAAGCUCUUAAUCAGCUAACCACCGAUGAUCUUGAAGGAAAGUUUGCACUGCUAGAGACCUCAUCUGUCGAUGACGAUCUUGCACAAUUGAAAAAAGAAUUAUCAGGGAGCUCGAUGAAGGGAGAGCUUCCGGCUGGUAGAACAGCAGUUAGCAGCACAAACUCGACAUUCCCAUUUCGAGAUGUGGAGAUUGAGGAGGAGCUAAAUGAACUUCGGAGAAGGGCCAAGGACUUUUAGAUGGCCUUUUUUACACUGAGAAGCAUCAUCAGUCCUAUGGUUGUCCUAGCAUACAAAUGGUUGUAUGGCACUGGAAAUCUGAUGUAUCCAUUUAACGAUUGCCAGGCCAUCUUUAAAAAAAAAAAAACAACCAUAGAUGGGUUAUACAUUCAAAGAUGGAGAUUGAUGGGUCAAAUGAUGUAUAAUCCCCAUCUCUGUGGCCAUGUCUGUUCAAAAGAUGUCUAUAGCAGUGCAUUGAUGUACAUACGAGUUAAUGGUGAUUUCUUUUCUCCA